GAAAGAACGUCCAACAGGGAAAACCACGCUCCAAAAACGCAGCCCCCACCCACCCAAAGACACACACGAACAACACUCGCACACUACACGCACAUAAAAUAAACACACAAGGACAAAACAAACAAAUACAGGAACACAGUGGGGCACCGCCUUGGAACGGUCAGUGGCCAAAAACCACCACUGGGGAGUUUAAACCGGCUUAUGGUGCGCACCCAACCUCAAUCUUACCCCACCAUGUUCCAAAGUCACGGGACAGUGUAAAUAAAAGUAAUCUCCUCCAGGUGAAUCUCUAACACACGUAAUUGAAACAAAACGGCAUGGCAUGUAAAACACAAAAAUGCUCUUGUAUAGAUAUAUAAAAAGCAAACCUUUAGAACCAAAAACGUAUGUACUCAAUGCCUUUUCAGAAGACAGGGCAACAAGAGAAACACCCUUAAGGGCCCGACGAAACAGGACAGAAGACAGAUAUCAAAACAGUUCAGUCCUGGUAGGAUUUAAAAACUGCUUAUCAUAGAGUCCUCCCCCUCUUCCGUCAGACACAAUCAAAGAGGGAAGCGUAGUGUCCAACUGUAAACGGGUUGAACACUAAGCAUGCGGUAUGUCUCAAAACAGUUGGGUCGUAACCUCUUUUAAUAAAACGUUUUAUAAUUUUACCAAAUACAUUUGGAAAAUUACCAUGACCCAAGAUCUUACGAAGUUUGUAAACCACAUCCCCAUAAAAAACGGGUUUAGAAAUACCUUCUCGCAAAAGUGUCUUUAAAUUACUAUUGAACUUUAAAACUAAAUCAGAAUUACGAUAAUAAAACUUAGCAAAAUAUUUACGCAAUUUGUAAUAACGGUACCCUUGCUGAAGAAGUUUACUUGUAAUAUAUUGAUUACGUUCAUUGAAAUGCUUGGCAUGACUAUACGCUCUGGCAAACCGAAUUAAUUGAGAAAUAUACACCCCAUAAGAUGUAGCCUGAGGUACAUCCCCAUCCAAAUGGGGAAAAUUUACAAUACUAAAAUUAAAAUCAUCCCUCUUGUCAUAAAUUUUGGUAUGUAUAACAUUGUCAUAAAUAGAGAGAUGUAAAUCUAAAAAUGAAGCAUCAGUAUCCGAAUUGUUAGUUUUAAUUAACUGAAGCUCCCUAGGAUUAUAUAGUACACACCAAUUGACAAAAAAAACGGAUUAUCCAUAUUAAGAAUAUCAUCCAGAUAGCGUGAUGUAUUAUUAAAUGCAGUUAUGAUAUUUGCCUGCGUAUCUGGAGAAAGGCUCAACAUAAAGUAUUUUUCAUAAAGCGAGUGUGCUGCCUAGUACAGACACAUUGGAAUGUUAUGAGACGUAGUGUCAUACAAAACACUAAGUUAAUCGGCCUUUGACAGUUCCUCGAACACAUGUGCAUUAUGUACCUAAUGCCUGAUGAAAUUCUUUCAGUGUGUCAUCCGACUGAUUUCUAUUCCUGAUCAUUUGAGAAUUUUUGACGUUCAUUAUGUGGAAAUGUGACCGAGGAGCUUAAACUUUAGAAAAAAAUAUAUAAUCAAUGUUGCUCCGUAAGAAAAACCGCAAUUUUAAAUGAAUUCAUUAAGGUAUGCAUAUUGUAAAAUCUUCCAUUCAAUAAUAAUAAUGACAAAUACAAUCAAUUCUAUUUGGUGUUUCAAUACGUAAAUCAUUUUAAAUGACUGACCGCCAUACAUUUAUCAUACAUUUACGACUUUCCUCAUUCUAUCAAGGUGUAUAGUUUAAUAUUGGGUAAUCAAAAUUCAAACACUUCUGACUGACCUCAAUCUCAUAUCGAAAUUCAGUUUACUAAAGAGACUUUCAGAAUCUAUCACAUUUUGUAAACAUAAUCACAUUUAAACAUUAACACAUUUUAUAGUGUUCUCGCUCUUAGAAAAUGACAUUGGUGUGCAGUUUAUUUCGAAAUAUUACAAGUGUAUACAAAUACCUUAACUCAUCUAUAUUUAAACUAUACCUUGCUUAAUUUCUAAAUUGGACUGAUUCAUUAUUCAGUCUGAGCAGUACCAUUUGUUCAUCAAAUUGUUGUUCACUGAAAAUGUACAGACUGAACAGCGAACAGUGCAGGCCGUGUUCGUGUAGGCUGAUCUUGGUCUACACUGGUUGCAAAGGCAGAAUCGCCAGCGACCAGCAGGCUAAACGUUAACAUAUUUUCAGAGUUACUUAGUUUGGGUUCAUCAUACAAACACUGGAGGUCAUUAUGUAAAUUCGUAUGACAUCAAUACCAGAAGGAGCAUAAGGGACGGUAUCAUUGGAAACACCUCAGUUGAUAUUGUUGACAUGAAAGUUUUAGACAAACAUAUCCAGUCAAUAAAUGUAACAAGUCCUUGUGCAUACGAAGAUGGUGGGUGUUCUCAGAUCUGCAUAACACAUUACACGAAUGAUGAAAUGACGCCCGUUUGCGAAUGUCGUCUAGGAUAUACCCUUGAUAAAGAUAAUGUUACCUGUAUUUCAACUAUUGUAGACAAUAACUUUCUCCUUGUGGCUGACUGGACAAAUAAUGAGUUACUUCAGAUAAGCUUGGAGAAUGGUAACAUCAGUGCCAUGCCUAACUUCGAUAAUGAUGAUUAUAAAGGCGUCUUCAUUGAUGUUGAUACAAAGAAAAUAAUCUGGUCAGAAAAUUAUGACCAUAACAUAUACACCGCCAAUUUGAACGGGACAGACCAGCAAAUACUGACUGAUAUAGGAUAUUCCGGUUAUCCAUAUCGUUUUGACAAGGAUAUGACAACAGGAAACUUGUACUUCACCGCCUCUUAUGAUUCUUUUAUUGGAGUAUUAACACCCUCAGGAGAUUACGUUGUUCUGAAUAGCGUUUUUUCUUGGAUAACUCUUGGCGAUAUUGUGGUUCAUCCAGGCAAAGGAUUUAUGUACUACACAACCUAUACUUAUCGCUCAAAAUAUGUGGGCCGUGCAGACAUGGAUGGGAAAAACAGCGUUGAGUUAAUCAAGGGAAACCAUGUUGAAAAACCAGCGGGUAUAACGAUCGACUUUAUUAAUGACCAUCUGUACUGGUCUGAUUCAAAGUACGAUACAAUACAGCGUUGUGAUCUUGAUGGAGAAGACUGUGUUACUAUAGUAAACAUGACGGGGACAUAUCGAUUCGAGGAAAUCAAAGACCUUGAUACAGAUGGAAAAUAUUUGUAUUAUUCCGCAUUCAGAAAAGAUCAUGUCGUUCGUGUGGAGUUGAAACCACCGUACACCAGGACUGUAGUAGGACAGAGUCCGGGCCUAGGAAAACUUGAUACGAUCGCAUUUUACAGCAGCACAAACAAAAAUGUACAAGCAGUCAGUAAUGCAUGUAAAGCUCGCAAUGGUCGUGGAGACUGUAGUACAAUAUGCUUUCCAACUCAGAUUGGUAGAUCAUGUGCCUGUAAAAAAGGAGUUGCGCUUAAAGCCGACGGUCGAACUUGCGCCAACGUCUACCAGUGUACAGAUCUUAUUCAGCAGACAGUUUUACUAAGUGGGGGCAAAAAAGGCGAGGUUGAAGUUACGUUCGGUAGUUCCUGUCUACGACACCUUCACAACAAAUGCAGGUACAGAUGUCCAGCCAAUUUCGUGCCACUUUUUGACACCAUUUUAACAUGCACGAAUGUGGGAUGGGAUCUGGAGUCAGAAACGCUCUGUAAAGAAUUAAGAUGUCCAACAGUUAUUGACAACGGCCAGCUUGAUUCAAAUUGUACACGAGAAGUGGGUCGGACAUGCGAUUACCAGUGUAAUAAGGGCUUUCUAAAGACGACAGAAAUUGUCGUUUGUACCAAAAAUGGAACGUAUCAUAUACCGGAAAGUGAAUUGUGUGCAGUGGUUAAAUGUCCGUCAACAAUACCGAAUGGAGAAAUCACUGGAACAUGUAACCAAACAAUUGGAGAAACAUGUGAGUUCAAAUGUAAUGGUGGUUUUAAAGCAGUCAGCUCUCUUCAUAAAAUAACGUGUAAUAACACCGGACAAUGGGGCGCAGCAGACAAUGUAUGCCGUGAAUCUGUAUGUGCAAAUAAUUCUCUGGCGAAUGGAAAUAUCACAGGAAAAUGCUCGAGUAAAGUUGGUGACACGUGCACAUUUCGAUGUAACCAAGGUUUUGUUAACACAACAAAUGUAGCCGUUUGUUUAGAUGAUCUUGUAUGGCAUCCAAAGGACACAUGCACCGCAUUUAAAUGUAGUGAUACAAUUGAAAAUGGUAAACUGGAUGAGGGCUGUGCAAGAACGCUUGGCGAAACGUGCACGUACAGGUGUAACAAGUACUUUUCUCCAACAUUCAGUGACACACAAACUACCUGUCAAGCUGACGGAUGGAAUCCAGAUUCCAUUGCUCUUUGUAAUGAAUCUGUAUGUGCAAAUAAUUCUCUGGCAAAUGGAAAUAUCAUAGGAAAAUGCUCGAGUAAAGUUGGAGACACGUGCACAUUUCGAUGUAACCAAGGUUUUGUCAACACAACAAAUGUAGCCGUUUGUUUAGAUGAUCUUGAAUGGCAUCCGAAGGACACAUGCACCGCAUUUAAAUGUAGUGAUACAAUUGAAAAUGGUAAACUGGAUAAGGACUGUGCAAGAACUCUUGAUGAAACGUGCACCUACAGGUGUAACAAAUACUUUUCUCCAACAUUCAGUGACAGGCGAACUACCUGUCAAACCGACGGAUGGAAUCCAGUAUCCAACAAUCUUUGUAAAGAAUCUGUAUGUGCGAGCAUUUCUCUGGCAAAUGGAAAUAUCACAGGAAAAUGCUCGAGUAAAGUUGGUGAUACGUGCGCGUUCGAAUGUGAGCCAGGUUUUGUCAAUACAACAGAUGUAGCUAUUUGCUUAGAUGACCUUGUAUGGCAUCCGAAGGAUGCAUGCACAGCUUACAAGUGCGGCGAUCAAAUUGAAAAUGGAGCAUUAGAAGAUGGAUGCACAAGAACGAUCGGUUCUUCGUGUCACUUCAGCUGUAAGAAAUAUUUUAAGUCAAGCAUCGCAACGCAGCUGAUUACCUGCCAGGCUACUGGAUGGAAUCGGGGGACAACUGAACUUUGCGAAGAAUCGGUAUGUGAGGACAAAACUCUAACAAAUGGGAGAACAAUGGGGCAAUGCACAAGCAAAAUUGGCGAGACGUGUAUGGUACAGUGUGAUAAAGGUUACGUUAAUACAACCGACAAAGUCGUUUGCCAGGAUGACAGUACAUGGCAUCCUUCUGACUCGUGUACAGUAUUCACAUGUAGUGAUAAAAUUGAAAAUGGUCGUUUGGAUUCAGGGUGUGCAAGAACAGUUGGUACAUCUUGCAAAUACAGCUGUAAUGAAUAUUAUACUCCAAGUGUAAAAGACUUAGAAAUUAAAUGUCAGGCCGAUGGAUGGAACCCUGUUUCAACUAAUCUCUGCAGAGUUUCUGUAUGUGAGGACAGUUCCCUCUCCCAUGGAAACAUAAUAGGAACUUGUUCUAAAACAAUUGGUGAGGUGUGUGAGUUCCAGUGCGACAAAGGUUAUGCAAAUACAACUAACUUAGUUGUCUGCAAAAGCGACAAAAUGUGGCAUCCUAGGGAGUCUUGUAAGGUUGUGAAGUGUCCUACUACAGUUCCAGACGGAGAAAUCACAGGAACCUGCGAUUUUGCCAUAGGAUCAAAAUGCAGUUUUAAAUGUAAUGCGGACUUUAUUGCCAACGAACUUUAUCAAAGUAUCACAUGUAAUAGCAGUGGACAGUGGGACGCGUCGGAAGAACUUUGUCUUGUAUCAGAGUGCAAGGACAGUUCAUUGUCUAAUGGAAAGGUUACAGGAAACUGCAAGAAAAUGGUUGGCGAGACUUGCUCAGUAACGUGUAAUCAAGGUUAUGUCAAUACAACCUCAGUGGCUAUCUGCAGAAAUGAUUACAUGUGGCAUCCAACGGAGUCAUGUAUACCUAUAAAAUGUUCGCCUUACAUACCAAAUGGAGAGAUCACUGGGACAUGUGACUUAGCCAUAGGGGCGACAUGCAAUUUUAUGUGCUACAGUGACUUUAAAGCGGCUGACCUUCGUACGAACAUAACUUGCAAUGCUAGUGGACAUUGGAGCAUAACAAAUAAUUUAUGCCUUGAGCGAAUCAGUGUUACCACAGAAUCGUCGUCAUUAAAUGGAUUACCUGUGCCAGGUGUCGCUGUUGGAAUAGCGGUUUUACUAUUAGCAGUCUUCUUGCUAAUUGGUGCUGUUAUAUUUCCGUUCCUACGACGUAGAAGCAACUUGUCACCGUCACUUAAACUCAAGUCACCCUUCCGGCAUAGUAGAAGUACCGCCUUUGAAAAUCCAGGUUACAUACAGAAUUCUGAACCCCCUGUCCAAACUACAGAUGUUGAUGUGGCACAAAUGCAGCCUAUGUCCUUUACUGAGGGUGCUUCAUCUAGCGAUGAACGCAUUACAAAUCCCAUGUACGACAAUGAACCACUGCCAGGUGUUGCUCAAAUAGACAUGACGAACGACACAGCCGUCCUGACACAUGAUUCUUGGCAGAAGGAAAAGAAAAAGCUAGAUGUGGACAAAUACUAAAUAUAUUACCACUGUGUUCAUAUUUUUCUUGUGAAAUGACAAA